AGACGCGCAGCCGGGUUUCAGGAGCCUCACAGUUUCGGGAACGGCCGGGAACCGAUGGAGGGCAACCGUGCCAGUUCAGCUUAUGCGGCGGAGUUCACAUCCAAAAGGCACUUCUGCCGCAAGGCCCAAUGUGAUGGCACCUGUUUCAGGUUGGAUGCAUUAGCUCCACCGUGGCCCCCUGCCGAUGCGCCCGAUGAGACGGACGGCUUGCCGGAGCCCCCCUUGAAGCGUCGGAAGAUGCCAAGUGUCACCGAGACGGACACCGAGAGCACGGACAGCAGUGAAGCAAAGGGACCGACACCAAAGGGAGCUGUCGCGGCUGUCACCAACAGCAAGGUGACUGACCAAAGCCACCAAGAGAGGCCUCCAGCCCCAGCCCCAGCCGCCCCAGCCCAGCCCACCGUCAUGAGUUCUAUGGGACAUUUGGUGCUUGAUGUGACGCGAAUGGCGGCCUUCAGCACUGCAGGCUAUGUGCUAAGUGGUCCACUAGGCGCCACUGUAGCCUUCUCUGUGGCAUCUGCGAAGUCGUUGCGCAACCCCUGAGGGCCGGGCCUGGCCGGGUGGAGUAGGCUGGCUCCACUUCAAUGAUGGUGCUUGAUAGUGAUCACUGG